AUGUCUUCAAAUCACGCCUCUCUCGACGCGGCGGCCACAGAGCGCAAAGCACGUUUGGCAAAGCUCUCAGCAUUGAAACGAAAGCAACCGGAACCAGAGCCCCUGACAGAAGCUCGUGCCGGCGAUGAUGAAAUGACAGACGCAGCCCCAGAUGUUACGACAACAUUCCUCUCCGGACGAAACUACGAUCCAGAAGCUCGCGGGCCCAAGUUGGGCUUUGAACAGGCUCCAACAGAUGGGCAGACCACCUUGGAACAACAAGCUGCCGAAAUAGCUAAAACCACCGCGGAGCAAGCGAAGAAGGGCGAGGAGGCAGACCAACCGAUAGACCUUUUCCAACUACAACCGAAAAAGCCUAAUUGGGAUCUGAAGCGCGACUUGGAUGAGAAGAUGAAGAUCCUUGAUGUGCGGACGGACAACGCCAUCGCAAAACUUGUACGGCAGCGCAUCGAAAAUGCACAACGUGCAGCCAAAGAGAGAGGGUCGAGAGGGGAAUCGGGAGAGGAAGUUGGCAUCGAGGGAGAAAUGUUGGUUGAAGGGAUUCAUAUGCGUGAAAGGGAAGAAGAGGACGAG